AUGUUGGCUAUCGGAGACGUCAUUUUAAGAGCUUUUAACUUUGUAUUUUUAGCCAUUGUUCUUGGUUUAACUGGUUCAUUGGCCGCCACUACCGUAUACCAACACAAUCCUCAAAUUAACUUUGCUGUUUUCGCUGCAGCAUUUGGUCUUUUGACUUCAUCAAUUUAUGGUGUAUUUGCCUUUUUCAUUGAAGCAUUGGCAUGGCCAUUGAUUUUGUUCAUUUUUGACUUCUUGAACUUUGUUUUCACUUUUGCUGCUGCUUGUGCUAUUGCUGCUGGUAUUAGAGUACAUUCGUGUGGUAACCAAGAUUACCUUGAUUCUAACAAGAUCAACCAAGGUUCAAAGGGAAGAUGUAGAAAAGCGCAAGCUUCAACUGCAUUUUUGUACUUUUCCGCUUUUAUCUUUAUUGCUUCUGGUAUUUUCAGUGCUAUUGGUUUAUUCAAGGGUGGUUUGUUUGGUUCAAAAUACUCAAGAUCUGCACCAAGAACUGGUGUUCCAACCAUGUCACAAGUUUAA